AACUUACCUGGCAACAUAGUAACGCUGUAACCUGUAAACAAUUUACUAAUAAAUAGUCAUGGGAUCCUCUUCUUCAAAAUCAACUGUUGUCAUUACAUCUAAUGGAAAAAAUAAUGCAUCUGAAGUCAAGCAACACACGCAGAACCAGGGCACUGUACAGACACCUUCAAAAAACCCUGUUAUGCAAAAAGUUGAACUUUCAGAAGAGGCAAUUAAAAAAGCGGUUGAAGCAGUAUGUAAAAAUUCAGAAAGAAAUUCAUGAAUGGGAAGGAAGAAAUCUGCCUAAAGCUCUUAUGGCAAAAAAGGAACAAGCUAAACACCUAUCUGACAAUCUAGCUGAAUCUGAGAAAAUCUAUAAGCAAUCAUGUGAAAAAGUAGCUAAAGAAAAAGCAGAUGUUGAUAAACUACAAAAUCCUUCAAUAAAAUCUUUUUUUAAAGAUCAGAAAGAAUUUGAUGAAAAAUUGUCUAAAGAACAGGAGGGAUAUCUUGAAGCAGUUAGUGAGCAGGAAGUUUCUAAAAAACAGCUAGAAGGGUUACAAACUCAGAAGAAGGACAGUGAAAUACAAGAUAUGACAAAAGAUAUGAAUAAACUUUUAGCUUUAUAUGAUGAACAAGAUAAAAUACUAAAUGACAUCUUCAAAGGUCAGUAUGGAUCUGAUCUUGAAAAUAAAUUAGAGGAGGAAGUUGAACAACUUUUGGACACAAAAGAAAGAAUUGGAGUUGCUAAGUUUAAAUGGACUAAUGGAAGACUUUUGCUUCAACAUGCUACUGCACAGCUUGCAUAUGCUGUGAAACGUUGGCAGGAUUUGGGACAAGUACCACAACAAAAUAACCAAGUAAAAUAUCAGUUGGCAACAGAGACAAGAAGCUAUCUUAUAGCUGCCAGACAAAACAUCAUGAGUGCAAAAUGGUAUCUUAAUAAUAUUCAGUUUCCUUAUUGCGAGCCUGAGGAAAUUUUAACACUUGACAGAGCAUGUACAAAUAUAUAUUUUGACAUGCAGACUGAAGAAAGGCAUCAACAUGCUUUACAAUGCUUUAGUGUCACACAUAGACGUUGUGCAGCACUGUUACAAUGGUUUGAAAAUGUUAUUGAAAAUAUUAUAGAGAAAGACUUUCUAAAAGCAAAAGCUGACCUUUCACCCAAAGAAAAUGAACUUAGGAAGGAAAGACUGCGGUUGAUGAAGGAAAAAAUUGGUGGUGACUUUAAAAUCUUGGACAAAGCUGCUGCUGAAGUACGUUAUACACAUGAAGAGUUUGAACAAGAUAUAUUACAACAUGAACAUGUGACUAUCUCCAAGCCAGAAGGCGGGGUUGAGAAACUCAACUUAAAAGAGAGUAGUAACCUUCCAGCGGCAACCCCUUUGCCUCUACAUGAAUUAGCACCACCUCCUACACAGGAAGAUCUCUUUGGCAAUAUAGAACAACUGAAAAAGCAGCAUGAACAAGAAAUGGCUCAAAUUGAAAAAGCUCAAGAAUCAAACAAGGCUAGAAUCGAACAAGGGCUUCAAGAGAAGCUUAGAGAAAGAAGAACAAAAAGAAGUCGACUGCAAGAAGGAUAACGAU